AUGGACAAACUCAACUACAGUGGCAAGCAACCCUCUUAUGGCAAUCAAAACCAGCCAUUGUAUGGUCACAUGCAGGACCAGGCUCCUGCACAGGAGCAAUCAUUAUACGGAGAUAGGGAGGAGCAGGGGCAAUCAUUAUAUGGAGAUGCUCAAGACCAUGGGCAGGCAUGGUAUGGAGGUGCGCAGGGCCCAUCAACUUAUGGAGACGCACAGGGCCCAUCAGCUUAUGGAGACACACAGGGUCCUUCAUCUUUUGGAGAUGCACAGGGCCCAUCAUUUUAUGAGCAAGACCUAUCAUUGAAUGCUGACAGACAGGAAUAUGACUCUUACAAUCACUUCCGGGACACACUUGACUCUGGUCCAACUGAUUUCCCACCUGAUGCUGGUCCUUCUGUCUAUCCAGGAGUUGCUGCACCUGUUCCUCAAUGGAUUGAGGAUGCUCCUGAUGAAGGCAUCAGCAUUAUAGAUCAAGGAAAUGGCCUGAGUCCCCCAGCCUUGGACCUGGCACUGAUCCAACAGGGGCAAAUCCCUCCCUUGGAGGUUACAAUGGGGCCUGCACAGACGACGACAACAUGCACAGUCUGGCAUGCAAAUAUGCCUCCAACACCUGCUGUUGCUGAACAACACGAGACACCAAGUGAUGCCACAGAUGAAAUGUUGUUGUCAGCCGUGGUAUCUCAAAAUGUCAUUCAUUUAACAUUGGAGGUGAUUUCCCAAACAAUGAAAAGCGCUAAAGUGUUGGUCACACAGGUCGUUUUCUCGAAAAAUGCAAUGGUGUGCUUGAAGAAGAAAAAGUGGCAUAUCAUUGACAAGGUUAUUCGAGAGUCAGUCCCACAAUUCUUCAGGCCAAAUGCUGUUUUCCAGGAAUUCAUAACCAGUGCACACCAUCAGGUGGUCAGCAAUGCACUAUCCGCGAGAUGCAGGAAGAUGAUCAAAUUCACACAUGAAGGUUGUUGUGCUGCGAGGGUCAACAUAUUUAUAUGUGGAGAUGAUCCACUUGUGUUCAUGCACAACAUCUUUUUUGAUGAGAAUGGUAACAUGAUUAUUCACAUGAAAUUCCAGAGCUGUUUCGUCAUGGCAAAUUCCCCCCUCAAGGCCAUCAAAUAUGUUCUAUGCAUAGCUGGUGCAGCUACCCACUGUGCAUUGCAUGAACAGGGAAAGCACUUGUUGGAAGUUGACCCCUUUGGUGGUCAAAUCCACCAAAGCAAGUUCAACGAGAUUCUCAAUGCGAUUGAUCGUCUCACUCCUGCUGAGAAGGCUGAGCUUAAACAGUAUUUGCAGUAUGUGUUAGUGAUUGGGCCAUCGCAGGCAUGA